GGGGCGGCGCGGGGGGGAGCGGCGCCCCUGCAGCCCGGCGGGACCCCCGCCCUCACCAAGAUCUACCCCCGCGGCAGCCACUGGGCUGUGGGACAUUUAAUGGGGAAAAAAAGCACUGGAGAUUUUCCUUAUGGUUCUGAAGAAGAAAACAAGACACCGUUUUCAGCAUUACCUGACAAUAUCAAGCAGCUGGAGGAGUAUCUGCAGUGGGAAGAAAUCUCAAAAUAUUUGCUAAGGCUGCUGGAAAGGAAUGAAAAUAAAAGUGGUCACUUUUUAAAAGGAGGGCUUCCCUGGUAUACCAGGAACACCUGGGAGACAGAUGGCAAUAGCAGUCGGAAACAUAUGAUGGACUAUCUGCUUCAAGUUGUGAAUAUGAAAGAGAGCACUCCAAGCUGAAAGAAGAUUGCUAAAUCAUGAAGAAAUGAAAUACUUUCUGUAAGAGACUGUAUCACAAGCACUUGAUUGUAUCAGAUAACUAACAAGGUCACUUUUCUGUACACAAGAAUUCUUUUGUGUAAAGUACUUAAUACACAUAUUCUUGUAUGGUUCAGCAAGGACUAAAUCCUCGUCAAUUUUCAAGGUUGCAUUUUUUCA